CCUGACGUCAGUUCGGUGCUGCUCACCCCCCCUUCUCUCUCUCUCUCUCUCUCUUUUUUGGGGACGAAGGUUUUCGGUUCCAAUCAGGCUCCUGCUAUUUCAGCUGGAACUGGGGGAAUCAAUGGCUUCUCUCGGCAACUUUCCGGCGCGCCUCUGAGAAAAAGCUUCUGCUGAGCUUUGGCAGAAGAAUAAUUCUUUUUUUUAAAAAAUUAUUUAAAGAGAGGAAGAGGAGCAGGGGAAGAAAAGAGAGAAGGGAGUGAGGGACGCCAAGAAGCUUGGAAGAAAGAGGGAAAAAAGAACUUUUUUGGAGGGUGGCUUUCUGCUCUCGUACAACAUGCAGAACACCCGGGCUUUGAUCUUCAUGUUAACCUUCCAGAUCUGCUCUUUGGAGACCGAGACGCCUACAGCUGGCUGUACUUUUGAAGAAGACGGGGACUUAAACCAGUGUGAGUAUAGCCAAGGUGUUGAGGAUGACUUUGAUUGGCAGCUGACCCGGAGCUACCUCAUGCCCCACCUGACAUCUGAUCUUCCUCAUGGGUCCUACCUGAUGGUCAACUCCUCUCAACAUGCUCAGGGUCAGAAAGCUCACAUCCUCUUCCAGACGCUCAGUGAGAAUGACACCCACUGCCUCCAGUUCAGCUACUUCAUGUACAGCCGGGACGGCCACAGCCCAGGGACCCUGAAUGUCUAUGUGAAGGUGAAUGGAGGUCCACUGGGCAGUGUGGUGUGGAAUGUCUCUGGCUCCCAUGGGCGGCAGUGGCACCAAGUGGAACUAUCUGUCAGCAUGUUUUGGCCCAAUGAGUACCAGGUCCUGUUUGAGGCAGUGGUCUCCAGUGAACACAGAGGAUACCUAGGAUUGGAUGACAUCCUGCUCUUGAACUAUCCCUGCUCUAAAGCACCUCAUUUUUCCCGCCUGGGUGACGUGGAAGUGAAUGCCGGUCAGAAUGCCACCUUCCAGUGUGUUGCUUCCGGCAAGGCUUCUGAAGCAGAGAGGUUCCUUAUGCAGAGGCAGAAUGGAGCAAUUGUCCCGGCAGCUUCUGUGAAACACAUCAGCCACCGGAGAUUCCUGGCUUCCUUUCAACUGGAUGAAGUUUCCAACGGAGACCAGGACUUUUACCGUUGCGUUACCCAGUCUGGCAGGGGCUCUGGUGUCUCCAACUUUGCAGAACUGAUUGUGAAAGAGCCCCCUACGCCCAUUGCACCCCCACAGCUGCUGAGAGCAGGCUCGACGUACCUGAUCAUCCAGCUCAACACCAAUUCCAUCAUCGGAGAUGGCCCCAUUGUAAGGAAAGAAAUUGAGUACCGAAUGACCUCUGGGCCAUGGUCGGAGGUUCAUGCUGUGAACAUGCAGACCUACAAGUUGUGGCACUUGGAUCCAGAUACGGAAUAUGAGAUCAGUGUCCUGCUUACCCGGCCAGGGGAUGGAGGGACUGGCAAACCUGGGCCUCCCCUCAUCAGCAGGACAAAGUGUGCAGAACCCAUGAGGGCUCCCAAGGGCCUCGCGUUUGCUGAGAUCCAGUCCAGGCAGCUGACCCUUCAGUGGGAACCUCUGGGCUACAACCUGACACGAUGCCACACUUAUACCGUCACGCUCUGCUAUCGCUAUGCCGUGGGCACUGGCCACAACCAGACGUUCCGGGAGUGCGUGAAGAUGGAGCACAACGCCAACCGCUACACCAUCAAGAACCUCCUCCCCUACAAAAACAUCCACGUCAAGCUUAUCCUCUCCAACCCCGAGGGGCGGAAAGAAGGAAAAGAGAUGAUAUUUCAGACAGAUGAAGAUGUCCCCGGAGGCAUUGCUUCGGAGUCCCUCACAUUCACCCCCUUGGAGGACAUGAUUUUUCUGAAAUGGGAGGAACCAGUGGAGCCCAAUGGCCUCAUCACGCAGUACGAGAUCAGCUACCAGAGCAUUGAAUCCUCUGACCCAGCAGUCAAUGUCCCUGGCCCACGACGUACCGUCUCCAAGCUCCGAAAUGAAACUUACCAUGUUUUCUCCAACCUGCAUCCUGGGACAACCUACCUCUUCUCAGUGCGGGCACGGACCGGCAAGGGAUUUGGCCAAACGGCUCUGACCGAGAUCACCACUAACAUCUCAGCUCCUAGCUUCGAUUAUGGGGACAUGCCCUCCCCUCUGGGAGAGUCGGAGAGCACCAUCACCAUUCUGCUGAGGCCGGCGCAGGGCAGAGGUGCCCCUAUCAGCACAUACCAAGUCGUUGUGGAAGAAGACAGGCCUAGGAAGGUCAAGCGGGAGGUGGGGGGCCAGGAAUGCUUUCCGGUGCCCCUAACCUUUGACGACGCCAUGUCCCGUGGCUCAGUUCACUACUUUGGAGCCGAGCUGCCCCCCAGCAGCCUCACAGAAGCCAAGCCCUUCACGGUAGGGGACAACCAAACCUACAGCGGCUACUGGAAUCCACCGCUGGAGCCCAAGAAGGCCUAUCUCAUCUACUUCCAGGCCAUGAGCCAUCUCAAAGGGGAAAUGAGGCUGAAUUGCAUCCGAAUAGCCCGGAAAGCUGCCUGCAAAGAGAGCAAGCGUCCCCUGGAAGUGUCCCAGCACUCGGAGGAAAUGGGCCUCAUCCUGGGCAUUUGCGCCGGAGGACUGGUGGUGCUGAUCAUCCUCCUGGGGGCCAUCAUUGUCGUCAUACGGAAAGGGAGGAACUACUAUUCCUAUUCCUAUUACCCGAAACCAGUGAACAUGGCCAAAGCGACGAUCAACUACCGCAAUGAGAAGACACACAUGAUGAGUGCAAUUGAUCGAAGCUUUACGGACCAAAGUACCCUGCAGGAAGAUGAGAGGCUGGGCCUGUCCUUCAUGGACACACACAACUACAGUAAUAGAGGUGACCAGCGCAGCAGUGUUGUCAAUGAGUCCAGCAGCUUGUUAGGCGGUUCCCCUCGACGGCAGUGUGGGCGCAAGGGCUCCCCUUAUCACACCGGGCAGCUCCAUCCUGCCGUCCGAGUGGCUGAUCUUCUCCAGCACAUCAACCAGAUGAAGACUGCAGAAGGCUAUGGCUUCAAACAAGAGUAUGAGAGUUUCUUUGAAGGCUGGGAUGCUUCAAAGAAGAAAGACAAGACCAAAGGGAGACAGGAUCACAUGCCAACCUAUGAUCGGCAUCGAGUUAAGCUCCAUCCACUUCUUGGGGACCCCAACUCAGACUAUAUCAACGCCAACUACAUUGAUGGUUACCACAGAUCCAACCACUUCAUAGCCACUCAAGGUCCCAAACAGGAGAUGAUCUAUGAUUUCUGGCGGAUGGUGUGGCAGGAGCACUGUUCUAGCAUAGUGAUGAUAACCAAGCUGGUUGAAGUGGGAAGGGUAAGAGACUCAUUGUGUUCUCCUCUCUCCACCCUGCAGUUUCCAGAGGGGUGUGCUUUAUUGGCCCUGACCCCUCACCCCACCCUUAGACACACAGAUGAUGGUCUUAUUUUGCUAUUGCAGGUCAAGUGCUCCAAAUACUGGCCAGAUGACUCAGAGAUGUAUGGCGACAUCAAAAUUACCCAGGUGAAGUCGGAGACAUUGGCGGAAUAUGUCGUGAGGACGUUCACUCUGGAGAGGAGGGGCUACUCAGCGAGGCAUGAAGUAAAGCAGUUCCACUUCACAUCAUGGCCAGAACAUGGGGUGCCUUACCAUGCAACCGGGCUCCUGGCAUUCAUCCGCAGAGUGAAGGCCUCCACGCCUCCCGAUGCAGGACCCAUCGUUAUUCAUUGCAGUGCCGGCACAGGGAGGACAGGCUGUUACAUCGUCUUGGACGUGAUGCUGGAUAUGGCUGAGUGUGAGGGUGUUGUAGACAUUUACAACUGUGUGAAGACACUAUGCUCACGGAGAAUCAACAUGAUCCAGACCGAGGAGCAAUAUGUCUUCAUCCACGAUGCCAUCUUGGAAGCCUGCCUGUGUGGAGAGACCAGUAUCCCUGUCAGUGAAUUCAGGCCCACAUACAAAGAGAUGGUCAGGAUAGAUCCUCAGAGCAACUCGUCACAGCUGCGGGAGGAGUUCCAGACUCUGAAUUCUGUAACACCCCACCUGGAUGUGGAGGAGUGCAGCAUCGCCCUUCUGCCGCGCAACCGGGAGAAGAAUCGCAGUAUGGACGUGCUGCCUCCAGACCGGUGCCUCCCCUUCUUGAUCUCCAUGGACGGAGACAGCAACAACUACAUCAACGCGGCCUUAACAGAUAGCUACACAAAGAGUGCUGCCUUCAUUGUGACCUUGCACCCACUACAGAACACAACCACAGACUUCUGGAGGCUGGUGUAUGACUAUGGCUGCACCUCCAUCAUCAUGCUGAACCAGCUCAAUCAGUCCAACUCUGCCUGGCCUUGUUUACAAUAUUGGCCUGAGCCAGGACUCCAGCAGUAUGGACCAAUGGAAGUGGAAUACGUUUCUAGGUCAGCUGAUGAGGAUGUUAUCGCUCGUCUUUUCCGGGUUCAGAAUGUAACACGGUUACAGGAAGGGCACCUGAUGGUUAGACACUUCCAGUACCUGCGGUGGUCGGCCUACCGAGACACCCCGGAUUCAAAGAAGUCCUUCCUGCAUUUAUUAGCCCAAGUGGAUAAGUGGCAGGGGGAGAGCGGCGAUGGAAGGACAAUCGUCCAUUGUUUAAACGGGGGAGGCCGGAGUGGCACUUUCUGUGCCUGCACCAUGAUCUUGGAGAUGAUCAAGUGUCACAAGCUGGUGGAUGUUUUCUUCGCUGCAAAGACCCUCCGCAACUACAAGCCAAAUAUGGUCGAGACUUUUGAACAGUACCACUUCUGCUAUGACAUAGCCCUGGAAUACCUGGAGUCACUGGAGACCAGAUAGCACCUUGCCAGAAGCGCCACAGGCAAGUGUUUGUUUUGGGUUUGUGCCAAACAUGCAUUUUGCAUCCAGACUUUUGAGUAAGAGCAAGAAGGAGGAGGAGAGAAGAGAAUACAAGGAAAAGAAUGAAAACUAAAAAGGCAAGAUACGGGGCCAUGUUGUCCAUCCCCUACCUUCAUCUUUCCUCCUAAGCUUCUGCUCCCACUUCUCCAGCUGCUGGCAGAGCAGAGCCUACACAAACUCAUCCCAUCUACAAAACGAUUGUGUAUGUGCCAGCCUGGAGUUUGGCACCUGUGUGUUGUUUGUGCAUGUAUGGACACCGGUGUGCUGGAAGAGCAUCAGGCUUAAUCUCCUUGUGACUGCACCAAUCACAGCCUAAAAAGGGAUCCAUGCCACCGAGACUGGGAGGAGAGCUGAAGUCCAGCAUCUUUCACAACGACCACAGGAGAUUUGAAGAAACAGUGGUGUUCUGAAAGCUUAUAAGAAGCUCUUUGAAGGUGACCAUGCAAAAUCUUGGCAACCACCCUUCUGUGGGAAAGUGUGUGCCAUCUUGGACUGACAGUGGAAAUUGGGACGUGUACAGUUUUUCGCUCUUUGUUUAUAACCCUACGUUUAUUGUUUCCAGACUAAUGCCUGCCUCCAAAGAGUGUUUCUGAAUUUAUCCCUGGUCUAACCUUACCUGUAGGAAAACACAGUGAAUGAAUUCUGGGGAUUAUCUAAGAGAAAGAAAGCACACAGGCUACUUGCUCCAAGACUAAGGUAGCCAGACCAGAUUUUGUAACAACCACCAUGUCUUUGUGCCUGGAUACUCCACUCCAAACAGUAGAAGCUUUAGAAGGGGCUUCCCUUUUAGAGCAUCAAUCCUCCAGCCCUUUCAAGGCAUUUUCAAGAGGGCUACCCCAACACUGAAUCACCCCAGAUAUCACACCAUUCUUCAGAAUGUCAGCCACUAGAACUAACUCUGUCUCUAUCUCAGACACAUACAUACAGUGGUUUCGGACAUCGCCAGCAAGUGAUUCGGCAGAAAAGUCUAUCCUCCAAAUGGGUUUGACCAUAUUUCUGAGGACUGGCUGACAAGUGGGGACAAACGGGGAUGAGACAGAUGCCAAUGGCAAUACAGAUCCUUUUUUUUUUUAAGGGUCAGGCGUGAGCUUCAGGUUGUGGGCUGGCUGUGGCUUUGAGAUGGAAGGAGGUCACUUGUAAAUUAUUUCAGCACAUAGGACUAAUGUGGUUCAAAUUCAUUUUACCUGGAAAGGUAAGCCUGCUCUCCCGGCACACAGGGACAGACACUUCCACAUUUAUUUUCUGUAGCUUGGUUCAGUGAAUCAGAACUUUAAAAGCAUAAGUUGUGGUGGUUACCAGCAGAAGAA